CAAAAUCCAACCCUUCUCUCUCUCUCUCUCUCUCUCUCUCUCUCUGCUAGUACUAUCGAAGUCGAAAGCCCUCUUUUCUCCUUCUUGUUCGAAAUCGAUUCCUGUCUGGAGAUCGAAAAUCUAGCCUCUCUUCGCAACCCAACGAUCGCUCUCAACUUAUUCAAUUCGGAGAGUGAUGAGGUUUGAGAAAAUUAGGGUAUCGCGGGGAUGAGAUUUGAAGGAUGAACGAUGCCGGAGCUGCGUAGUGGAGUGCGCAGGGGCCGGGCAGCGAAGCAGCAGCCGAAUACGAACGCGGUAGAAGCAGGCGAAGCGAUUGCGACGAGAACUCGUAGGCGGCGAGCAGCGGCAGCAGCUCCCCAGGACGAUCAGCCGGUCAAUGUAAACGUGGUUGCCGCGGCGGAGGCGGAGAAUAAGGUUCCGGAGCAGCCACUCCGUGUAGGCGCCGCCGGUGGUGGUGCUGGUGGUAUUGGUCGUGGUGCAGGGAGGGAGGAGAUAGCGGAUAAACCCAUGGAUGACUAUCAUAGUGGCGGCCGGAGUGCCGAUAAGGCUCAGGUCGGCGAAGAUGAAGGAAGCACUGCCCCGCUUCCUGAAAAGGUUUCAGUUGGUGGCUCACCUAUGUAUAGGAUAGAAAGAAAGCUUGGAAAGGGAGGCUUUGGACAAGUUUAUGUAGGUCGUCGUGUGCCUGGUGUUCCUAGUGAUAGGACUGGGCCUGGAGCUGUAGAGGUGGCUCUAAAAUUUGAGCAUCGAAGUAGCAAAGGGUGUAAUUAUGGGCCACCAUAUGAAUGGCAAGUUUACACCACCCUUGGUGGCAGUCACGGGGUACCUCAAGUACACUACAAAGGUCGGCAAGGUGACUAUUAUGUCAUGGUUAUGGAUAUGUUGGGACCAAGUUUAUGGGAUGUUUGGAAUAACUCUCACUCGAUGUCCAUUGAAAUGGUGGCAUGCAUUGCCAUUGAAGCAAUAUCUAUAUUAGAGAAAAUGCACUCCAAAGGGUAUGUGCAUGGGGAUGUAAAACCUGAAAACUUUCUGCUUGGCCCUCCAGGAACUCCAGAUGAGAAAAAACUAUUCUUGGUUGAUCUUGGAUUAGCUACUAGAUGGCGGGAUGGUUCAACUGGUUUGCAUGUUGAGUAUGAGCAAAGGCCUGAUAUCUUCAGGGGAACAGUACGCUACGCCAGUGUGCAUGCUCAUUUAGGUAGAACAGGUAGCAGGAGAGAUGAUUUGGAAUCUCUUGCUUACACCCUUAUUUUCCUUCUGCGUGGUCGUCUGCCUUGGCAAGGAUACCAGGGUGAGAACAAAAGCUUCCUUGUGUGCAAGAAAAAGAUGGCUACAUCUCCAGAGUCUCUGUCUUGCUUUUGUCCGCAGCCUUUUAGGUUGUUCAUAGAAUAUGUGGUCAACUUGAAGUUUGACGAGGAGCCUAAUUAUGCGAAGUAUAUUUCACUCUUUGAUGGGAUUGUGGGUCCAAAUCCAGAUAUCAGGCCUAUUAACACUGAUGGUGCACAGAAGCUUAUCUACCAAGUUGGUCAUAAGAGAGGCCGGUUAACUAUGGAGGAUGAGGAAGAUGAGCAACCCAAGAAAAAGGUUCGUAUGGGGAUGCCUGCAACACAAUGGAUUAGUGUUUACAAUGCUCGAAGGCCUAUGAAGCAAAGGUAUCACUACAAUGUGGCAGAUUCAAGGCUGGCCCAGCACAUUGAGAAAGGAAAUGAAGAUGGCUUAUUUAUCAGCAGUGUAGCUUCUUGUCAAAACUUGUGGGCAUUAAUCAUGGAUGCAGGAACUGGUUUCAGUGCACAAGUUUAUCAGUUAUCACCUUAUUUUCUGCACAAGGAAUGGAUAAUGGAACAAUGGGAAAAGAACUACUAUAUCAGUGCAAUAGCAGGAGCUACUAACGGGAGCUCAUUAGUAGUAAUGUCGAGGGGUACUCAGUAUUUGCAGCAGUCGUAUAAAGUUAGCGAUUCAUUUCCAUUUAAGUGGAUAAACAAAAAAUGGAAAGAGGGCUUUUAUGUUACUUCCAUGGCCACCUCGGGAACCAGAUGGGGAGUUGUUAUGUCUCGUGGCGCAGGAUUUUCUGAUCAGGUUGUUGAACUAGAUUUUCUUUACCCUAGUGAGGGCAUUCAUCGGCGUUGGGAUAAUGGGUACCGUAUUACUGCAACUGCCGCAACCUGGGAUCAGGCUGCAUUUGUUCUUAGUGUGCCCAGAAGGAAGCCAGUUGAUGAAACACAAGAGACUCUGCGGACUUCUGCUUUUCCUAGCACACAUGUCAAGGAGAAAUGGGGAAAAAAUCUUUAUAUUGCGUCUGUUUGUUAUGGGCGUACAGUUUCUUGAGCUUCCAGAUGUUUGAUGCCCUACAUUCAUCAGCUUUUCCUUUUGAGGACUGGGCUACCAACUCUAAAUCUCGGAAGCGUCAUCGUGGCUGCUGCUGGACAAGUUUUGAUGAAACCCAAAAUUAUAAUUAGAAUUGUAACUUUUUAUGGGGAUUCUGGUUUGUCCCAUUGAUCAACCAGAAGGCAAAAGUAGAUGGGUGUCUUCAACUAUCUGUGGUAUUUAAAGUUUGUAUAGCUUUUAACGAGUAGUUGGUUUUAUGGCUUUUUAUUAUACCUAUUUGAA